AUGUCCCGGUGUCUAGCUAUCAGUUUGUUCCUUGCUUUGCCUUCACUCGUUUCUUCUUUCCCUCCUCGUCAUACAGAUGUUUUCAAUCCACUUGGUCCAUGGCACAAAAGAGUAACACCUAUUCUAAAAUGGAGCCAAAUGAUAAGUUGAGAUGAACGUUUCAGAGUAAACCGUGUGGUCUACCCAAGUUCAUAAAAGACUUGCCAGACGAAACUGCUCAAAAAAUCGAAAAGAUUUGGGGAAAUUAUACUGACGGCGCCGAAUGUGAGAAGGAACAUGAUUUGACCAGGUGAGCAUAUUUUUGUUUGCAUUUUAGUGAAGUUUUUUGAAUGAUACACCUCUUACAUUGAACAGUCACUGUACAAUUCAAUUUUUGUUUAUCACUAGACAAGUCCUCCGUCAACUCUCUACUGAACAACGUGACAAAAUCUUUGCUGGAAAGUGCGGACCAUCAUUCUUAAGAAAUGUUUCUGCAACAGUUCGACAAGAGUUCAAGACAGUUUGGUUCAAUCUGAAGCUGAGCUCUGAAGACAAACAGCUCUCUCUCCAAAAGCUUGCAUAUUCUCUUUUGUCCGGAGAAUCCGUCAGUUUUUGCUUUGAUUAUCAUUGUUUUAAUUUAUCUUUACAGCUUGCUUUGUUCAACAAAUGGGAGGAGGAACUUAAAAUUAGAAAGGAAGAAAUUAACAAGAAAGUUUCUGCUUUGUCUCCGAACGCGCGAGAAGCAUUUGAGCAAUGGAAAGAAUUGAGAUUGAAGGUAAAAAUUGCGUUUUAAAAAACAAAAUUUCUUACAUUCCAGGAAAAACUGUUCUUGGCCGGUUUGUCCGAGGAUAUCCGUAGCGAGUUGAAGACACUUUUCGGCCACGGACCCAACAUAGAGGAACCAAGCACAACUACAACAACGGCAAAACCGACCACGGUGAAGUCCACUGUCGACUCAACUGAUGAUGUCACAACAAUUGCUCCAGCAUUUGACGAGCAAAGUCUAGGAAAAGAGUUCUCCCUUUUCCUGUUUUCACAGCCCCCAGAAGAUUUCCUUUCAGAAAAUCAGUGCCAUCUGUUUGUUUGA